AUGGCGGUCACCAAGCUGCUCUGGAUUCGGAUGGGUUACGCCACGGUGGGCGCUGUGGUUGGUCUGUCAGCCUUCCUGGCGUGGAAUGUGGCUUUCGGGCAGCCGUGGACUGCGGCUAUGGGGGGCCUGUCAGGUGUUUUGGCCUUGUGGGCCCUCAUCACACAUAUUAUGUAUGUACAAGACUUUUGGAGGACAUGGCUGAAAGGACUUCGCUUUUUCCUCUGUGUUGGAAUUUUCUUCUUUAUCCUGGCUUUUAUAGCAUUUGUCACAUUCCUUGCGUUAGCCAUAUCCAACCAUCAGUCAAUCACAGAUCCAAAGAACUUGUACUUGUCCUGCAUAUGGAGUUUCAUGUCGAUGAAGUGGGCCUUCCUACUUGGUCUCUACUCAUUCCGUUACAGGAAAGAGUUUGCUGAUAUCAGCAUCCUCAGUGACUUCUGA